AAGUGGGCGCGCGCUGUAUCGGUUUUCGGACAGGCGGAAUCACAGCCGCCGCCGCCGAGACCCCUUGAGAGAUGACUCCACCGCCUCGAUGGAUGUGGCCAUGGCUCGCGUGCCUGGUCCUCGCCGCGGCCGCGCCCACGGCCCGCGCAGCUGCCAGGCAACCCGUGGAGGGGGACAACGAGGACGAAGACAUGGCGAAGAUGUACGCCUGCUACGCGAACUACCUCAUCACUGAAAUGUGGAACAGGGUGGUCGUCGCCGACUGGAACUACGCCAACAACCUCACGGAGUACAACAAGAACAAGAGCGUGGAAGUGACGCUCGAGGCUCAAAAACUGGAUCUGGAAGUCUGGAAAAAUGUCACUAAGUACAAGUGGACCAAGUUCGAGGAUCCGGUGACGAGAAGGAUUUUCGAAAAGCUGUCCGUUCUGGGCACUGCCGUCCUGAGCAAUGACAAGCAAAAUGAGCUUGUCAACAUAAUUGCGGACAUGCAAGAAAACCACGCUUCGAGCAAAAUUUGUCCUUUUGUGCGGCAAACUAACAGGCCCGAUGAAUGCAACUUGUCCUUAGAACCAGAGAUCAAAAACAUCCUCAUGGACUCCCGGAAUUAUUACGAGCUCCUGCACGUAUGGAACGAGUGGAGGAAGGUUGCGGGGAAGCCCAUGAAGCAGAACUACCUGCGCUACGUCGAGCUCUUGAACGAAGCGGCCAGACUGAACGGCUUCGAGGACGCGAGCGGCCUCUGGCAGGACGUGUACGAGUGCGAGGGUCUCGAGAGGAACAUGGCCAAGCUGUGGGAGCAGCUGUUGCCGCUCUACCAGGAGCUGCACGCGUACGUGCGCAGCAAGUUGCGUGCCAUCUACGGCCCGGACAAGGUUCCCGAAGACGGACCCAUCCCGGCACACCUGCUCGGUCACAUCCACUCUCAAGAUUGGUCUGCGAUAACCGAAAUCACCCGACCAUACCCGAACAAACCGGCAGUUGACGUCACGGUUGCCAUGGAGCAAAGGAACAUGACUGUUCUCGACAUGUUCAAGAUGUCCGAGGAAUUUUUCACCUCCAUGGGUCUACCGCCAAUGCCCAAAACAUUCUGGGAGCGGUCGGUGCUGACAAAGCCUACAGACAGAAAGAUUGUAUGUCAUGCUUCGGCUUGGGAUUUCUACGUGAGCAAGGACGUAAGGAUCAAGCAAUGUACACAAGUGAAGAUGGAUGAUCUGCUCACUGUGCACCAUGAAAUGGGCCACGUUGAGUACUUCCUCAAGUACGCCAAGCAGCCAGUCUUCUUUAGGACUGGUGCAAACCCUGGUUUCCACGAGGCUAUUGGAGACACCAUUGCCCUCUCCGUGGCCACACCAAAGCACCUGAAGGCAGUCGGCCUACUGGAAGAGAGAGUGGAGGACGAAGAAACGGACAUCAACUACCUGCACAGUAUUGCCAUGGACAAGGUGGCCAUCAUACCCUCGGUGUACAUUUUCGACCUCUGGAGAUGGAACGUGUUUAAGGGGAACUACAAGCCGGAAGACUACAACAAGGCUUGGUGGACUCUGUUACUAAAUUACCAAGGAAUUUGCCCUGGUGUUGCACGAGCACCGGAUGACUUCGACCCGCCUUCAAAAUACCACAUAUCUGCCAACGUACCAUACAUAAGGUAUUUUGCAAGCAUCGCCCUACAGUUCCAAUUCUACAAGGCACUAUGUGAAGAAGCCAAACACACUGGGCCAUUGCACAAGUGCGACUUCUACAGGUCGAAAGAAGCAGGAAAAUUAUUUGGGGAUGUAAUGGAGCUGGGAUACUCCAAAGCAUGGCCAGAAGUCUUGGCAAUGCUAACCAAAGGCAGAACGAGAGAAAUGGAUGCGAGUGCACUGUUAGAGUACUUCGAACCACUCUACAAAUGGCUCAAGGAGUACAACAAGGGAACAUACGUUGGCUGGAAGAGCGACAACCCGACUGCUUGCCCAACAGCCACGAGACCGUGCACCAAGAAGCACAUACGCCGCGGACGAGGCUGCAUCAUGGCCGCCAACAAAGGCACGUCCGCGGCCUUCGGGCUACUCCUGGUGGCGCUCUCCGCCUGCUUUCUCGGGGCCCACGUGACACGCGCCGCCAGGGUACCCGUCGAAGGGACGCUGGAAGAUGAAGACCAGGCCAAGGCCUACCUGAAGGACGUAGAAGGGUUGCUGACCGAGGCCUGCCUCAAGGUCUCCUACGCACGCUGGAACCACUCGGUCAACCUAACGGAGUACAACAAGAACAAAUCCGUUGAAGCGAGUCUUGAGAUGAGUCUUCUUAACAAGGAAGUGUGGAGGAACAUAACCAAGUUCAAGUGGACUACCUUCAGCGAUGAACAAACCCGCACGGUGUUCAAGCGAACCUCUGUGCUGGGCAGCGCGAUACUUCCAGACGACGAAAAACGGGAGCUCGUACAAAUAAUCGCCGAUAUGAGUCAAAAUCAUGCGUCGGCCAAGAUAUGUCCAUUUAAACGACAUUGUACAUCGCCCGCCGAAUGUAAUGUACCCCUGGACCCAGUGAUAAAGGACACGUUGGAGGACUCUAGAAACUACGACGAGUUACUGCACGUCUGGAACGAGUGGCGCAGAGUGUCGGGCAAGCCGGUCAAGGAGAAGUUCCUCCGUUACGUCGAGCUGGAGAACAAGGCGGCCAGGCUUAACGGAUUCGAGGACGCAAGCCAGAUGUGGCAGGAAACGUACGAGUCCGAAGGAUUCGAGGAGAGCAUGGCGCGUCUGUGGAAGCAGCUGGAGCCUCUGUACAAGGAACUGCACGCAUACGUCAGGGCACGGUUGGUCGACGUGUACGGCGACAAGGUAAAGGACGACGGUCCGAUCCCUGCACACCUGCUCGGUCACAUCCACUCCCAACACUGGCACGCCCUCAACAAAAUCACCCGGCCUUUCCCGGACAAAAAGGCGGUGAACAUAACAGACACUAUGAGAAAAAAGAAUAUGACCGUUAUGGAAAUGUUCAAGCUCGCUGAAGAGUUCUUCACCUCCCUCGGACUUCCGCCCAUGCCGGAAUCAUUCUGGGCAAACUCGCUCCUCGUGAAACCGAAGGAUCGAGAAGUUGUGUGUCAUGCUUCCGCCUGGGACUUCUGCGGUACCGGGGACGUCAGGAUCAAGCAGUGUACGCAAGUGAAGGCUGACGACCUGCGUGUUGUACACCACGAGAUGGGUCACAUCGAGUACUUUCUCCUGUACGCCCUCCAGCCCAUAUUCUUCCGAACAGGAGCCAACCCAGGCUUUCACGAGGCGGUUGGAGACACAAUAGCCCUCUCCUUCACCACCCCGAAGCAUCUGCACGCAAUCGGUCUACUGGAGGAGGACCCGGACGAUAACGAGAGACACAUCAACCAGCUGUACAUGGUCGCACUGGAUAAAGUGGCCGCCCUUCCGUCCUUGUACAUUUACGACCUCUGGCGGUGGAAAGUGUUCAAGGGAAAGUACAAGCCCGAAGAGUACAACAAGGGCUGGUGGGACCACCUACUGGAGUACCAAGGCAUCUGUCCCGGAGUAGCAAGAACACCGGAAGACUUCGACCCUCCAUCGAAGUUCCACAUUUCUGGGAGCGUGCCCUACAUCAGAUACUUCACGGCCGCGGUCAUGCAGUUCCAGUUUUACAAAGCCCUGUGCGAGGAAGCCGGACACGUCGGACCACUGCACACUUGCGACUUUUAUCGCUCGAAGGAGGCCGGAAAAUUGUUCAGUGACGUGCUGUCCCUGGGCAAGUCGCGGCCGUGGCCCGAGGCGCUGUCCAUGCUGACCAAGGGCCGCACGAGCGAGAUGGACGCCGGUCCCAUGCUCGAGUACUUCCAGCCUCUGUACGAGUGGCUCAAGCAACAAAACAAGGGUCGCACUGUCGGGUGGACGAGCACCGACUCCACCUCCUGCCCCAGUACGGAGAGGACGCCGUGAGGGAACGCUCAGCUUUAGGGGUUGCGUUCUGUGGUGUUGUCCCUUUGGAUGGAGGAGAUGGAGGACGGUGCGCCCAGCCCGUCUCCAUCUCGCGCGUACAAGUCCAGCCAAUCAGCGGCGGCGGAAAUGAACAGUCCACCAGGUGGACACUUAAAGAAUACAUCCUCUGAAAAGUGUGGCUGCAACGGACAAAGCACAAAUGCUAAUAAACAGACACUGACUUGGA